AUGGCCAUGCGCAUGUCUAGUAUUAGUGCUUCCAAUGAUGAAGAGGCUUCUGCCAAAGCAGCGGCAGCCAUUGCUGACAGUGGAGCUCCUACCAUAUUUGACAAGAUAAUUGCGAAGGAGAUCCCUUCCACCAUAGUAUAUGAGGAUGAAAAGGUCUUGGCGUUUCGAGACAUCAAUCCACAGGCUCCUGUUCAUGUGUUAGUCAUUCCAAAGUUGAGGGAUGGACUAACAUCACUUGGCAAGGUUUUCUUUCUGUUUUCUUCUCUUGUCUGUCUGUUGAGCCAAUAA